AUACUGGAGCAAUUUGCCAUUUCCUUCUUUACCUCAUUCUCCAGAUGAGGAAACUGAGGCAAACAGGUUAAGUGACUCAACAACUCCUCUUUUAAUUAACAGAUAGUUUUCAAAAAUUUACUAUGUCUAAGGAUUUUUUCUUCUUGAAGCCAGUGUAGUAAAAUAACAAAAAAAAAAAAAAAAAAAAAAAAAAACACCUUAACUUAGUGAAUAUGGUCCUUAAACUACAAACAUAUAGUUCAUUACUGGACCCCUACUUGAAACCUUUUGACAUGACAGGGAAGACAAAACAUGCUAGUGCUAUCUUCCAUGCCAUGAUGAGAAAAUGAAUAGGAUAUUACUUUAAAAUUUAAACAAUGAAAUUCUUAACUUCUGACAAAAAGAGAAAUAUUGAGAAAAUGUACAUCAAGGCCAAAUUGAUUGGUGGCCCAGUAAUGAUAAUGAAUAUAGACCUUUGCUUAAUGUUUUGGAGCCAUGAGGCUCUAUGGAUUCUCUAUGGAACUUGUUUUAUGAAUUCUUCAUUGUAAUAUAUUACUCACCAUCUUCUUGUCUCCUGGUUUACAGAAGACAAAACUUCAAGAAGGGAAUUAGCAAAAAUACUAAGGCCUCAGAUAUUUAUUAAAGAUGCAAAAAGUGUGAGUGAUAAGCCAAUGGGCACACAUACAGAGUUUAUUUAUAUAUGUAUGUAUAAUAAACACAUCUUUUCUUACAUUUGUACAUACAUACAAACAUACAUUCACACAUGCAAAAACAGGGAGAGUUUAAAAAGCUUGAUAUAAUCCGGAUAUACAAAAUCCAAAGGGAAACAUUUUGUGGAAAUUUACCCCCAAAGCCUUCUUCCUUCUGAAUAGCUCGAAGAUCAUUAUAAUGUUCCUUGCUGAGUUCUUGAUUGUCUGUUCUUGUUACUUUUUUUGACCUUGAUUGUUCCUACCCUCUAGGUUUUAUCUUUGAAGGUCCCUUCCCUAUCCUGAUUGCUUUAAUCUUAAUUGUUCCUUCUCUCUGCAGAUGUCUUGAUUUAUACAUCCAUUUAUACAAGCUAUCACUUGUAUGUAUGAGUUAGAAUGCACUCAUACUAACUGUUCUUAGCUCAUCUGCCUCUUCUAAGUUCAAAUUGCAUUGCCAUGGAGAUGAGAUGUACAAGUAGACACCACCCAAGAACAUUGAGUAACAUUUUGGAAAUGGGCUGACAAGAAAUCCUUUUAAAUACUCACUCUGAAAGAAAUGGAAAGAUGUCCAUUGACAGGGAAGAUUUAAAAAGGUCUCUGUAUUCAAAUUGGUUCAGAUAACUUCUACCAGAGAAUCCUGGCAGAAAGUAACAAUGAAGGGAAUCCAAAGUCUGAAAGCUUCUGGAUUGGCCCUGCUCCUGGCGGUUUCAUUCAUCUCCUACUCCUGCUGUGCUCCCCGGAGAAUUUUGGAAAGAAGAAACUGGACUCCUCAAACUAUUCUCUACCUCAAGGGGACUCAAGGCCGCCACUUCAUCUCAGAGGAAAGCAGGAGGAAAGAUCUCUACAACAGACUACAGCUGGAAAAGCGCAGCCAAAGUCUAAAUCCAAUAAUUAUUUCUGAAGCUGCAGCCAUGUUCUUUAAGUCCCUGCAGAAACCACCAGAAGAAGCUAGAGCAGUAAACUUUGAUCAAUCAAGAUUCUUGGAAGAUAAUCUAUUAAACUGGAGAAAAUGAUGCAAUUUACUAAAAAUUUCCCUUGUAUUUCUGUUGAAACCAUUAUUUAUGUGAAUAAAAAACAUGGUCUACAUAUGGUCUAUGUUCUGAAGGAAUAUAUACAUACAAAUGUAAUCUCAGUUUCAGUUUUUUAAGGAUAAUUAUUGAAAAAUA